CUGCGCCGAAAAGCAAUGGAAAAAUUCUGCAGCCAUGAGUGCAAAGCCGGAGGUCGCGUAGACGCCAAUUCGCUGUCCGUGCGACGACAGUCUCGUCUGCGAAUAUCGUUUUCCGGUUUAAUAUCGCACGAGAAACGAUCCACGAGGAAGGGUGACGCGAUGGCUGUCACCGAGUUGACCACGCUGCAAGAAUUCGACGACUUCGUCAAGUCCAAGGAACUUACUGUCGUUCACUUUUUCGCACCAUGGGCACAGCAAUGUUCCCACGUGAAUGACGUGCUCAACGAGAUGACUAAGCUGGAGCAGUACAAGGAUGUUAAAUUUGGUAAAAUCGAAGCAGAGAAUGUGCCCGAGGUGUCUCUAAAGUCUGGAGUAGCUGUCGUACCUACCGUUCUUUUACUGAAGAGCAGCAACAUUGUAGAUAGAGUGGAUGGUGCUAACGCCCCUGCGUUGACUGAGAAAAUCAAACAUCAUUUGAAUAACAAAGACGCUCUAUUAGUGGAUGUGGCCAAGACAAAGGAAUCCCUCGAGGAAAGACUGAAGAAACUGAUAAAUCAAGAAUCUUGCAUGCUCUUCAUGAAAGGAAAUCCCGCGAAUCCACGAUGUGGUUUCUCCAGAACAAUUGUUUCCCUCCUAGACAAUUACAAUACAGAUUAUAAGACAUUUGAUAUAUUACAAGACAACGAUGUUAGGGAAGGACUUAAAAAAUUUAGUAACUGGCCAACGUAUCCACAAUUGUAUCUGAAUGGAGAACUAAUCGGUGGAUUGGACAUAGUGAAAGAGAUGGAUGAGUCGGGCGAACUAGAAAGUAUGCUCCCGAAAAAAGAUAGUGCGGAGAAAAAGUGAAUAGUUAAAUAUAAUUAUAAGAAAAUAAAAUUUAAGUUAUAUUUCUAA